UUAUUUUUUCCCUUUCACGAAUUUUCACCACUUCACUUCGCACUGUUACAUACCCACACCUUUACUUCAAACUCUCGCUUUCACAACUCCCAUCCCUAUCUCUAUAUUCAUCAAUUUAAGCUCCCGAUCUGGAAUAUUUGGUCAAUCUUCUCGUGAUUUGAUUCAAGGUGAGUAAAUGAACUGAAUCGACUUAGAGGUUUAAUAAUUGUUUCUGGAUAUGGAAUUCAAUCCAGAUUCAACUUCGUAUUUGAGUUUAUUUGCAGCCUUAUCAUAUGGAGUUUCUUCGAUGGCAAUGGUUUUCAUCAAUAAAGCAGUGCUCAUGCAAUAUUCAGACUCGAUGACUCUCCUUAUGUUUCAGCAAUUGGUGACAACUUUGCUUAUACACUUUGGGAGAGCGUUGGGAUACACGAAAGCAAAAGGAUUUAGUGUAGAUACUGCCAAAAAACUUCUUCUGGUGUCCUUGUUCUACAACGCGAAUGUGGCUUUUGCAUUAGCAAGCCUGAAAGGCGUAAAUAUUCCAAUGUACAUAGCCAUUAAAAGGCUUACACCGCUCGCUGUACUUAUAGCUGGGUUCUUUUAUGGAAAGGGGAGACCUUCAACUCAGGUUACUCUCUCUGUGCUUCUGACUGCUGCUGGUGUUCUUAUAGCAGCACUUGGUGAUUUUUCCUUCGAUCUUGUUGGAUAUAGCAUGGCCUUUAUUUCUGUCUUUUUCCAAACAAUGUACCUAGUCUUGGUAGAGAGGUCAGGUGCAGAGGAUGGACUUUCCUCAGUCGAAAUUAUGUUCUAUAACAGCGUCUUGUCACUACCCUUUCUGCUAUUCCUUAUCAUUGCUACCGGAGAAUUCCCAAAUUCUCUAGUUAUGCUAUUUGCAAAGAGUAACUCGUUCGCAUUUAUGGUUCUCCUUGUUCUUUCCCUGGUGAUGGGUAUAGCACUGAAUUACACUAUGUUCUUGUGUACAAUUGUCAAUUCUGCUUUAACUACUACCAUAGUCGGUGUCCUCAAGGGUGUCGGUUCCACGACCCUCGGCUUUUUCCUGCUGGGAGGAGUGCAGAUUCAUGCUUUGAACGUCACCGGGCUUGUGAUCAACACUGCAGGCGGCGUCUGGUACUCGCUAGCGAAAUACAAUCAGAAGCGGUCCAAGCUCCCGAAGCAGAUGCCUGAUGUGGAGACGCGUAGUAAAUGAGCCGGCUCAACAAAAAGGUGCCUUGCUUGCAUGUUUUUUAUAUGAAUCAUUUCAGACAUAUGAAGAUUCUUGUUAAAUUAUUCAGUGAAAGAACAAAUUUUGAAAAGAAUGAGGAUCUAAAUGGCAGAGGCUAAGUAUAGUGUAAAGAGAGGGAGAAAUCUUUGAAGGCUUUGAUUGUACUGUAAUAAUCAUAAUCAUAUUCAUAAAGCACAAGUUCCCUUCUCA